AUGGCAGCACCUAUGGACGAUAGUACAGCUGAUGCCCCAGCUAUUCCUGUUGGCUUGAAGAAAAUCCUGAUAAAAGAUCGUGAGUUUAUAAAUGUUGCCAACUCAUGGGUCGACAAGUGGACCAGUAUAAAUGAUCACAAAACGCAGAACGCGUACUGGUUUAUCAAGAGUUUAGCAGCAGGCGCUUUUAUCGCGAAUCAGGGGACUUGUUUCGAGACAGGCCAAUGCUUCUUGGAAUGUAUAUGCCAGGCUGUUCUCCAACUUAGGUGGGAUGAGGUAGUCGUUGGACAACCAGGUACAGCAUAUGAGAAAUAUCCAUCACACGAAGUGAUCUUUGUAGAAGAAAAAGUACUGAAACAUAAAUAUGUUCCUCUCAUUCCAUUAGCCAAAUCAAUCAUUCGCAUGAUUAUUGCUCACGAUCUUUAUGACAUCCCUGAAUCAAAGGGAAAGGAUCCAAAGAAAAUCGAAUCUUUGGAGAAAAAGUUCAGGGCACUAAAAGCUGCUGUAGGUAGCCUGUAUACCGAGGCAGUCAGUUGGAGGGACAUCUUAUAUACGAAAAAGGUAAAAUUCGUAAACCAGAAAGUAUCAAGUGCCCUUUGGAAUAGGAUUGGUGCAAAAGGGUCUAACUGUCCGUUCUCUGUCAGAACGAAAUUCGGAAAGCAAACGAACAUAGUUGCGCUCUUUAAAAAAACCACAAAAUUAUAUGGAAAAUUGGCAUCCUCAAAAGGAACCAAAUCUAGAGAAAUUAGACAUUUUAUUGUUUUUUUUUUUAAGAAAACAUAUUCUUAA